AGAUAAAAAACGGUAGAGAACGACUAGAAACCGCAAGGGCCGCUUGGGCGCAUGAACGACAACUACGAGAUAGUGCAACUACUUUACCGAUACUGAUACACGAUCAUGUGGCGGACGCUGGAAGUGAUGGCUGUGAUAGCGGUGCAGGGACUGGCCUACGCCGCACUGAUGUUGUCAAUGAAGGUGAUCUUCACUGUCCUGCAGUUUCCGUACCCGCUUUUCGUCUCUGCUACAAACAGCUCGGUCGGCUUUCUCCUCAUGGUGCUCGGACGGUGCGCAUGGAAGAGGUCUGCUCCAGAAUGUGAAGCAUUAGUCGCUGACUGCGAGGACCCUAGAGAGAGUCCAAAAGCCCCAGACCAAGAAUGCACCGGGCCGACAAGUGGCAACGAGUCUAGUUGCACGGAAUCGACAGCGGCUACAGCUCCCAGUGACGCUGACGAGAAUCCCGGGCGCAAGUCGUCGCGCUCGCUUCUUCCGUGUGACAACAUCCUGAAGAAACAACAAGUAUGCGGCCCUGCAUCAGCAAACCCAAACGUCGGAAAAACAACGCGAUCCUGGUCGGCUUCAGCAUCCUUAUGUACUUCACCUGCGUCGAGCGAAGAGGGAGAAGUUCACGACGUGUUUCGCAACGGGAAAGCGAACAGCGUACAGCAGGAGCGAGCGGGAGAUGGCAGCAACGUGGGAGCGCCAGGAGCUCCUCCGCCCGAUUUAGCUUGGGUGGCGGGUAUUUUCGGAGCUGCUAACAUCGGGCUCAGCAAUACAGCAGUCAGCAUUCUCAACCCGAUAGCUUACGGAAUGCUGAUGAAGAAUCUUCUGGUGUCGGAUGUGAUCGUAUUCUUUGCGCUUGACUCCUGUGCCGCAGAUGAGCAUGACGACGCUGCAAGUGCUAGCACCCAACCAGCGGAGGUGGAGGAUGGUACUAGCGGUGGUCACGCUAGUAGCGCCACAUUGCGCACGUGCGCACCUGUGGAAGACAACAUUGUCGGGAGCUAUGUGGGAAGGGAAGCAGAAGAACAGCGCGGCAGCCAUUUCUUGUUUCCAUGGUACAGUCUACCGCAUCCCAAGCGGGUCGCUUGUCAAUUCGCAUUGAUAAUUAUCGGUGGAGUAGGAUCGGCGGCUUACGUUGUCCAGCACACACAGCCCACCCACAACUCCUCGCCAUCCUCGGUUGCUGAUGCGACCCCACAGCGUCUCGCUCUCUUUGGCGUUUCGUGUUGUGCCGCGGCGCUCUUCUUCUCGAGCAUGCGCGACGCUUUUCGCCAGUACACCCUGCAGUCAGAAACGAAGCGGCCGCCAGCGGGAUUAGCAUUGUUCCUUUCGCUUCUGUCAACGGGAAAGAACAGAGGCAACAACACUGCUCCGACCACCUUGUCACCGCUUGAGUACUCGGCGCAAGCGUGCAACAUCCAGUUUUUGUGUCUGUGCGUCUGCGCUCUCGUGAUCGAGGGACCUCUACCCUGGAGAAUCUUUUUUCACAGCAUAUCGCAUGCGAUCGAAAAAGUUUCUCUUUUCGCAGUAUCGGCGUACUGGAAAAUAUGGAACAUCUUUCCGCCAGCGCUUGCGUUUACUUCGAAGGGCAAUCUGGACCAAGCUGGAGGCGACGUCCUGUGGGACGCGCAGACGCACCAAGCGCCGCAAUUUCCGAUGAUGUUCCAAGAACACCAGAAGCUUUCCGUCGAUAGCGGUGCAGCCAGUAGUGCGGUGGUGCUGUCUGAUCACGUCGUGGGUAGCUACCCACUGGCCAUGAUGAUUCUCGUGUGCACCCUUCUGGGAUUCGCUGUGACGCUCGCGACUGCAGAACUGGCAAAGCUGACCGAUGCAGUGUCCCAGGCCUGCUAUCGCUAUGCAAGCUUUCUCUUCCUUGCGAUUUUUGCGUUCUACAUUUUCGGAACUACAAUGACGGCGCUGCAGAUUACAUUUUCUGCGAUCAUGCUCUUUGGUGUGUGCUGGUUCGCGUUGGAUUUCGAGCAUACACCAUCCACUUCUGAGGACCAACACGUUCGUCGCGCGAAGCCUGUCCCGGCACCCAGUUGGCUGCAGCUCGGAAUAUCGCUAACCAUCUCAACCACCGCUCUAGCGCUUUUGUCUCGCCACACCGAAAUCAUCCGUCAAGCACAGGAACCGCCAGCGCCGAAUGGUAGCGAAUCUGAACCGACGCGGCGUCAUUCUGACUCCGGCACGGGGCUUGCUUUCCAACACCUCGAAGAGAGGGAUCAUGUAAAUCACGAAGACAACGAGAUUAAAAAAUUUUGCCGCGGUUGCGAUCUCCAAACGAUGAGAAAGUUUUAUGGCCACGACUUUAAGUUCCACUCGCACUACGCUGCUGCAGUCGAUUGCUUGGCUGCUUUUCACAAGCUCCCGAAGGCGCUCGAAGGAAAGGAAAUCGCCGGCAAGGACGCUAGCAACUCCUUUUUGUCCGAUUUCCAUCGAGAUCAGCUGCAAGUAGCGAACUCGAGUCUCGAGGACGAGCGACGGACUGGGUGGCAGGAACUGCACUAUCACGCGGAGGCCGAUGGCGACUUUCUGCAAGGACAACAAGACUAUGGCGCACUUGACGUGCCCGACUACUACGUCACGCACGGCACCUACUUGGGCUACCUACGGCAUGGCUCCAUCAUUCCGUACGACCCCGAUGUCGACGUGGUCGCGUCCGACGGAUUUCUUGCCCGACUCGUUGAUUUCGGACUUCAAAGGGGAUUGGGCGAAAAGACUGCCGAUGUAAAGUUCUUGCAGGACGAGCAGAAUGAAAGCACUGGCCGCGGAGACAACACGACCAACGAUCACCGCAAGAUGGACUUCCGACUACCAGCAGAAACAGCGGAAAACCGUGUUGUCCAAAUACCAGGAACGCACAUUGCGUUAACCUACGUCAUUCCGAAAGCCUCAGCGAACCGCGAACGCCUGUUUGUUCCCGAGUCGAGCAAAGAACACAGCGGCGCAUCUGGUUCUACGGCACGUCGCGAGAUUGGACCUGCUCUACUUCCUCUAGGACGAAGUAGCGCCCUUUUGCGAAAAGACGGCAGCGAAAAUCGCCCAAGUGCUGACGCGCUGGAGUGGCAGGAUGAACAAGAGCAUACUAUGAACAAGGCCGCAGCCGUGAUGGUGAAGAAUCUUUUGAAACAGACAAAAGACGCCAAGUACCUGCUCUGUGUCAGUAACCGGUUUUGGCAAGCUCUGGGUGGUGACGCCAGGCGCUUCCCCCUGGACGCAGAAGGCGACGGAGAGUACUGCCGAUCCAAGAUGGGUAUUGCCGCUCGGCUUUUGGGAUUGGUGGAUGGAAGCAGAAGCGGCCCUGCCACCGAGGGCGCUCGAGGAACACCUGGUGACGGUACGGUCGUCACCCGCCACACGUAUGACCCCUUCACGGGUUAUGAAGCACAGCGGCGCUUUGCCUAUGGAGGACCCAAUCUCGUGCAGCUGGACGUUUACCGUUACGUUCCAGCGUACCCGUGUGGUUGCCGCGGCUUGUACUCCUGCUCCGAAUUCAGCGAUCGAGGAGCGGAGGUUGGGGUAUCGUUACAAAGAGGGCUGGCAAAUGCUUCCGGCACCGGCGUCGAGAAGAAGGCAGACGACCGUCGCAGACCCCGGCAAGCGAACGGCACACAGGGGAGCGUCGCGCAACCGCUUUUGAUAUCAACAAGCGACUCCACCUCGGCAAGAGCAUCAAACCCAGCGACAUCCGUGUCCGUCUCAGGAGAAGCUGCCUUUUUGCAAGAGGACGAAGAAAACGCGGCGCGCGGACAUGAACGACCGAUGGAGGCGAAUGGUCGUCCUGGUCAAGCAGGUCGUGUCGAACUUCUACAAAAAGCACGGACGAACAGUAGCAGGACCGUACCUGAGGCAGUGCGAAAAACAAAACUUUUUCCGUCUACGACGACUUCUACCAUGCACGAUCUUCCGGUGCGGGUUCUGGACCCCGCAGCGGUCGAGGUCCCGGCGAUUUUAACCACAGUCGGGUGUGUCGAUCGCAAGACAACUGUCGAAAGUUUCAUCCGGGACAAGCUGCAAACGUUUGUCGCUCCUUACCCGCAUGAUUCGCUGUUGACGUCAACACUUUCAGCUGUUUUUCAAUUCGUCUUUGGUGACACAGAAAAGAUGCCUGAGGGCGCAACAGCUCCUACAACUACACAGCACGGCGGGAUCAAACAAAACUCGAAGCGCCCCCUACAUGACGAGUCGUCUAGGGACGCAAAAUUGGCACAACUUCUGCAGCCUGACCAGCGCUGGGAUAGUUUUGUGGACGGCUACGCACCCUAUGAUUCCUCUAUGCGGAAAAAUAAGCUGUAUUGUUGAGACUAUGCUCUAGUGUUGUUGCAGAUGCGUGAGCACGCAGGAGGAAAAGGCCCUUGCUUGUCCGAGACUGCCAAGACGGGCACGACGAAAAUGCCUACUUCUGCGUGCUGUCGUCGUGCAUUUGUCAUGCCUAUGCCACUUGUAGUUGCAUGUCCAUGUGCUUGAUGUUUUGAGAUAGCCAUCACGGUGGGCUCGCACUUUUUUCCCGUUUCGAUGACACGUCGCAGUGAUACAGUUUUUCCGUACGAUCUGUUCGCUCGUCGAGGCCGCGACUGGAAAUUCUUCACCGCAACUCAGCUGGUAUCAUCGAAUACUGCGCGGGACCGGAAAUGCCAACGUCGACCCGGGUGACUGCGCGGCUUGCCCGACGGACGCGGGGAAAACUUGGAAGAACGAGACGGCGACGAAGGACGACACUACUUCUGCUUGGGGACAAAGAGAGGCGGAAGCGGAACAACAACAGUUGCAGCUGCAAUCUGCUUCCAAUUCUCGUACGUGCCUGGACCCGUCAAAGUGGAAGUUGCGGAGGCACAAGGACUGUUUGGAAAAAGCGCCCGCUUUGUGUUCGCGCAGUGUAUGGGAGUGUCCGGGAAAGGGGUAUUGGUUCACGUUUCCGGAAGUCUCUGAGCAGGAGCUGGCUACGUUGUACAAAACUGAGUACCAUGGCCAAGCGAAACUGUCAAUCGAUGACGGGAGAGUUGUGAGCCAGAGCAAAUUCAUACGGGACGCGCUCGUUGGGGAGGAGCGAAGAGAUCCGCGAACGAAGCUCCGCAACGUAAUGGAGCUGGGUUGUGCCGAGGGGUGGCUGCUGGCGCGAUUGGUGAAGGACAUGCAGGGUAAGGACGAGAAGCCGACCAACAACGAGGAUGGCACGGCUUCGAAGCGAUCGCUUGCCGACGCGGGCAUUGCCUCCAUUCAGUGCUUCGAGGCCACUCCUGGGUUUCCAGAAAAAGCGCAGGAGAACAUCGGAGCGCAGCUUGUGCGCACGAGAGAGGGCGAGGACGGCAGCAGCGUCGCAGCAGCCGAGCAAAAUGAUCGCGAAACGGUGCACAUUUACCCUUCGUUGUACGACGCGGGGAAAAUCGCGGACGGCUCUAUCGAUCUGUUUCUGUCUUCUCACGUUUUGGAGCAUCUGGGAAACCUUCCUCGUUUUCUGCGCAGCGAGCUCUAUCCGAAGAUGCGCCACGGUGGAUUGGUCUUCUCGGAGGUGCCAAACCACAACCGGCAAUACAUUUUGAAAACGUUUGGGGGACAGUUUCAUCUCACCUUCCCGACGCCGGAAGGAAUCGAGAACCUUUUCCGCGACGCAGGCUUCGAGCCGGUGAAAAGCUGGGUUGGAGACGGCUGGGUUGGAGACGGUGGGUUGCACAUCCGCACAAUACACCGGAAGCCGGAUUUGGACGCGUCAAAAAAAUGAAUCAAAUGCCACAACGGAAGCGGUGCCUGACUGUGUCGAAGGAAAUGUUGUUGAAGAUUGUUCGCAGACCGAGGAUACAGUUUUUCCGUGCGAUCUGUUCGCUCGUCGGGGCCGCGACGGACUGGAAACUCUUCACCGCAACUCAGCUGGCAACAUCAUCCAAUAAUGCGCAGGGAUCGCACACGAAAAACGACAAGCGAAAGGUAGCCGACUGCUACUAGCGCCUCAUAACGUCGUGACUUUUCAUCUCCGGUUUGAGGCUGAGCCUGCGACUGUAGGAGUCUACAUGUCACUCACUAAUGUUUCUUGUUUCUGUCUGUUUCCCUUUUGAGAUAACGAACCGGACGAGACACGGCAUCUCUAGCAAAGCUAGACACUGCCGGUCAUCAUGAAGCACGUGAACGCUUUAAUAUGGAAAUGCAUAAUGAAGUGGGGCGCUGCCCCUACCUCUAUGUUUUUUCUCCUACUCGUACUCUCUCAUUAGGUACUUACCCGCAUCCCGAUGCUGUCCUCUUGCCGGUGAUCGCGGUGGAAGUACGUAGAAGAUGUGUGUCGUGUCUGUAUCAACAUCUACCCUAGAUCUGAAACGAAA